GGUCAUGUAACUAUAGAGCUCCACUUUGGAUUUCACUGCAUACGUGCGUCGUGCGGGAUAUUCGUGUGUUCCACGCAUGCCGUCCCACGCGUAGAAUAUUAAUCAACAGAAAUUACUACAUAGUCAAAGAGUCAUUCAAUUGGACAGAAAAGAAUCAAAAUUCAAAAGAUAUGCCUUCAAAAUUACGGUUUCAAAAGAUUUUUUGGCAUUUGGGAUAAUCGUGGUAUGAAUUCCAGUGGUGUUUUACGGACACCUAGCCAUAUUUUAAAACACAGACGUAGUUUAUAACGAGGAUCAUUUUUAUGUUAUGGAUGUCGAAAAUUCCUUGGAGUACUUGUACUUUCAUGCGGGAAGCGUUCGUGGAGUGGCCUUUUCACCCAUGGAUAGGUAUCUGUUCUGUUCUGGUGCAUAUGAUGGUAAAGUAAAUAUAUAUAGUGCAAAGAAAUGUCAUCUUCUUGGUAGUUAUCAGAUAACAACUUUGAGUCUUGCAAGAAAUAUAAAUGGUGUGAGGUUUACAUCAGAUGGUCAAAAGGUUCUCGCAACAACAACUGUGAGACGUCUGGCUGUUUUAGAUGUUGAAACUGGAGAACAAAUAUUUUCAUAUGACAAUUGUACAUACAAUGGUCGAGACAGAACAGCACUUGCAGUAAACCCCCACUCCGGCCCUAACCUGGCUGUAUGUGCUUGUGUAAAUGGAAAAGGAUUGGCAUUGUUUGAUCUUAGAAUGCCUUUGCCACUUGACUUUGUCAAUGAGCUUUAUGAUGAUAUAAUCCGUGAUGCUGUAUUUUUGCAUGAAAGUUGGCCCUGGUGCAAAGGACAACCAGCAAUAUUGUCUGUUGCUGAGAAUGGUAUAGCUAAGGUCACAUCACUGGAUGGUAGAACAUUGCAUGAAAUUGAUGUUGGUUCAACUCUACACAGUGUUGCAGAAACACCAGAAAAGUACGGUUCUAUGGUUGAUGAUGGCUUCAGCAGCGUGGUCAUGUUCGGCGGUGAACAACUAUCGAGUUAUGUUCCAGAUGUUGGAAUACAGGAGGCUAUGACUGAACACGGAGACGUGCCACUGUGGAAAAUUAAGUACUCGUCAAAUGGUAAUUAUCUCUACACAGCUUGCGAUAAAGGAGUAGUGAGAAGAUAUCGUCGAUAUUCUGACCGCCACGAGUUUCUGGAUGAACUAUUCAGUCAUACGGACGAUGUUGAAGAUAUGGAUAUUUCACCAUUCGAUGAAUAUAUUGUGACGGCUUCAAAAGAUCGUUCUGUAGGAAUAUAUCGCUUAGGAGGUCCUAGCCAUGGUUUCACAGAGUACAAGGAAGUCAGAUAACCAAGGCAGAUCAAUAAAGGAAACUAUUAAAUGCUGGAUUCCAACAAAAAAUAGUUCCAUAUCAAAUGCGUGGAUGUCAGUGCAGGAAUUAAUGAAACACGAAGACUGUAGCUUGCUGGAAAGAUCUAUAAAAACUAAAACUAAAAAAUCUGAAAACAAUCGUUGUAAACUCGGCAGGCAUAGAAGGCAGACUCAUCCUCUGUAGGGGAGAGACGCGGUCUGACUAAACGAAAGCAGGCGAGAUGUGGUGAGUGAAUGAUAUCGGAGAUCGGGGACAAUUUUUGCUUUUCAAAAACUGUCGGACUUGCUUGAAUCAAUUUUAAUACAAUCGUUAUUUCCGUGUGUGAAUAUAUGUACAUAAAGAGUGCGAACUUUAAAUCAUCUUGCAAACUCGAGAGUUUAGUUAAUUAAAGAACACCACUGAAAUCAUAAGAAAUAAUAAGAGUCUCUCUAAUAAUAGUCUCUCUCAUGAUAGUUGCGAUCGUCUCGCCGAAUUUCAUCGUUUCUUUAGCAAAUUGCCAAUUUUUUGGUUUGGUUUUAAGGUUUAAUAAAUAUAUAUAAAAUUGCACCGAAGUGAAAUACUUUAUAUUUAUAACUAUAUAACAGGAUAAUUUAAAUACGCUAUUUGUCUCCUACAUACAUGCAUUAAAUAUUGCAACAAGUUGAAGUUGUAACGAUUAUAAAUAA